AUGCUGUGGCAGCGCCCUUGGCCGCAGCCGGAGCCGCUGCCCCUCCCGCCCCUUCCCGCUCGGCAGGAGCGCGCGGGGCAGUGUCCGGCAGGGCAGUCUGGAACUUCCAACUCGGAGACGGCGGCUCCGCGUUUGUGGUGGCCGGUCCGACCGCCUUCCGAGAGGCGCAGGGUGAGCCUGCGGGAUUCCCCAAGUUGGGGAUGUGUACUUUAUGGUUGCACGGCGUUCUCAGUUUUCCUUGCGAUUAGAUCUCUGACAAUGAAGCCUUUUACUGCAAAUCCUUCUGGGUUUAUUGUAUUCCUGUUUGCCUUGCUGCAGAGGAGCCAUGGACAAUGCAAAGAAGCAGCUAAAAAAUCAGAGAUGAAUCUUGGUGUAAAAUAUGAUCUUCCUAACUUCAUUGCAGACACACCAAUUCAGAAUGUAGUUUUAUACAAGCAUCAUGUUUAUAUUGGAGCAGUCAAUAAGAUUUACGUACUAAAUGAAACUCUCCAGAACAUUUCUGUGUACAAGACUGGGCCUGUUUUGGAGAACCCUGACUGUGCACCAUGUGAAGACUGCCGAGAUAAAGCCAAUUUAUCUAACAGCAUAUGGAAGGAUAACAUCAACAUGGCACUGCUUUUAGAAACUUAUUAUGAUGAUCAGCUCAUUAGCUGUGGUAGUGUGUCCGGAGGCAUCUGCCACCGUCACAUCAUUCACCCUGACAACCCUGCUGACAUUGAAAGCGAGGUGCACUGCAUGUACUCACCCCAGGCGGAUGGAGAAGCAGAUAACUGUCCUGAUUGUGUUGUUAGCACUUUAGGAACCAAAGUUUUGGUGACUGAAAAGGACAGGUUUGUCAACUUUUUUGUUGGAAAUACUGUGACAUCUGUGUUUCAACCUCCCCACGUGCUGCAUUCGAUAUCGGUUAGAAGAUUAAAAGAAACACAGGAUGGUUUUGAGUUUCUCACAGAUCAGUCUUAUAUAGAUAUCCUCCCUCAGUUCCGUGACUCGUAUCCUGUUAGGUACGUCCAUGCCUUUGAAAAUGAUCACUUUGUCUAUUUUCUGACUGUACAGAGAGAAGCUCUUGACUCACAGUCUUUUCACACUAGAAUUAUCCGCUUCUGCACUUUAGACUCAGAGAUGCGUUCCUACAUGGAAAUGCCUCUUGAGUGCAUUUUUACUGAAAAGAGAAGGAAGAGGUCCAUCCGGAAGGAGGUAUUCAACAUUUUGCAAGCUGCCUACGUGAGCAAGCCUGGUGCAGCUCUAGCACACGAAAUGGGCCUUGGGCUCAAUGAUGAUAUCCUCUAUGGUGUUUUUGCACAAAGCAAACCAGACUCCUCUGAACCAACCAACCGAUCUGCUGUCUGCGCCGUCUCUGUGCGAACCAUCAACGAGUUCUUCAACAAGAUUGUUGACAAGCAGAACAUGAAAUGCCUCCAACACUUUUAUGGGAAAGAGAGCAAAUACUGCUUGAACAGGGCUUUUUCAAGAAACGCUUCAUACUGCAGAGCACAGGAUGAUGAAUACCGCCUAGAAGUCACCACUCCUCUGCAGAGGGUUGACUUGUUCAUGGGCCAGUUCAACAGUGUCCUGCUGACUUCAAUUUCUGUCUUCACCAAAGGGAACCUUACCAUUGCUAACCUGGGAACUUCAGAGGGCCGCUUCAUGCAGAUAGUGGUUUCCCGUUCAGAAUCCACAACUCCGCAUGUCAGCUUUCAGCUGGACUCCAACCCCAUCUCUCCCCAGGUUGUUGUCGAGAAUUCAUUAGCAGAUGAUGGCUAUACCCUGGUAGUGACUGGGAAGAAGAUAACAAAGAUCCCUCUGAAGGGGCCAGGCUGCCAUCACUUCAGGUCCUGCAGCCAGUGCCUGCUGGCCCCAGCCUUCAUGGAGUGUGGCUGGUGCAGCCAGCAGUGCCUCAGGUCUUCUGAGUGCCCCAGCAACACCUGGACCCAGGACACCUGCUUGCCUAGGGUUUAUGAGAUUCUCCCAAGCAGCGCUCCCAUAGAAGGCGGGACAAAAUUGACACUGUGUGGAUGGGACUUUGGAUUCAACAAAAAUAAUAGAUUUGAAUUAAAAAAUACCGUAGUCCAUAUUGGAGGACAAAUUUGUCCUCUGGAAGCAAAAUCUAGCAACAAAAAUAGGCUGGAAUGCACAGUUCCUGCUGCAAAAAGUCCUGGUUUUAAUAUAUCCAGUAGUGUUUCUGUUGGACAUGGCAAAACACUAUUCAAUACAUUUUCAUACGUGAAUCCUGUAAUAACAAGUAUAUCUCCCACCUAUGGCCCCAAAUCUGGAGGAACAUUGUUGACUGUAGCUGGAAAAUACCUAGACAGUGGGAAAUCCAUGAGGAUUUUUGUUGGUGAGCAACCAUGUACUUUGAAAAGUCCUCCCAGCAUAUCGGCGAGCACUGUGGAGUGCUACACUCCAGCACAGCAAAUUCCCCAGGAAUAUCGUGUGAGAAUGGAAAUCGAUGAAGCUGUUCGAGACACAAGCAGCCAUUUCACAUACAGAGAAGACCCAGUUGUUUUAAAAAUUCAUCCAGCCAAAUCUUUUCUUAGUGGUGGAAGUACAAUCACAGCUCAGGGAAUCAACUUGAACUCAGUGUGCUUUCCUCAGAUGGUGAUUACUGUACCUAAACUAGGCAUGAACUUCUCUGUGGCAUGUAGCCACCGCUCUAGCUCAGAGAUAAUCUGCUGUACAACACCUUCACUGAAAGAUUUCAAUCUCCAACCACCCUUUGUGACCAAAGUGUUCUUUAUUUUUGAUGGUGUCAGCUCCCUGUACUUUGAUUUUGAUUACGUAAAUAAUCCUGUAUUUAAGCAUUUUGAAAAGACAGUGUUCAUCUCAAGAGGCAACCAAAAUGUUCUGGAAAUUAAGGGAAAUUACAUUGAUUCAGAAGCUGUUAAAGGUGAGGUGCUAAAAGUUGGAAACAAAAGCUGCGAAAACCUUCUCCUGCAGUCGGAAUCAAUUCUGUGUACGGUUCCCAGCGAUCUCCUGAAAUCCAACAGCGAGCUAAAUAUAGAGUGGAAGCAAGAAGUUUUGUCAACAGUUAUUGGAAAAGUGCUGAUCCGGCAAGAUCAGAAUUUCACGGGACUAAUUGCUGGAAUUCUUUCAACAUCAAUCUUAAUUUUUAUCUUUUUGAUGGUUUUCUUCUGGAGAAGGAAGAAGAAACAAAUUAAAGAUCUGGGAAGUGACCUAGUUCGUUAUGAUGGCAGAGUGCACACUCCUCACCUGGACAGGCUGGUGAGUGCAAGGAGUGUAAGCCCAACCACAGAAAUGGUUUCAAGCGAAUCUGUAGACUACAGAUCAACUUUUCUAGAAGAUCAGUUUCCAAGCAUGUCUCAGAAUGGAUCAUGCAGACCUGCCCAGUAUCCUCACUCUGACCUCUCCCCGAUUCUGUCUAGUGGAGACUCAGAUUUAGCCAGUCCACUUCUCCAGACCAAUGUCCACAUAGACAUCAGUGCCUUAAAUCCCGACCUGGUCAAAGAAGUGCAGCACGUGGUUAUUGGUGCUGACAGUCUGAUUGUGCACUUCAAUGAAGUCAUAGGAAGAGGACAUUUUGGCUGUGUGUACCAUGGGACAUUGCUGGAUAACGAUAGCAGGAAAAUUCAUUGUGCUGUGAAGUCACUGAAUAGAAUUACAGACCUGGAAGAAGUAGCUCAGUUUCUGAAAGAAGGUAUAAUCAUGAAAGAUUUCACUCAUCCCAAUGUUCUGUCACUCCUGGGAAUCUGUUUGCCCAAUGAAGGAUCCCCAUUAGUUGUUCUUCCAUACAUGAAACAUGGAGAUCUCCGAAACUUCAUUAGGAAUGAGACUCAUAAUCCAACAGUAAAAGAUUUAAUUGGAUUUGGCCUUCAGGUUGCAAAAGGAAUGAAAUACCUUGCAAGUAAAAAGUUUGUCCAUAGAGAUUUGGCAGCAAGAAAUUGUAUGUUGGAUGAAAAAUUCACUGUCAAGGUUGCUGAUUUUGGUCUUGCUAGAGAUGUCUAUGAUAAAGAAUACUACAGUGUACACAAUAAAACAGGAGCUAAACUGCCAGUGAAAUGGAUGGCUUUAGAAAGUUUACAAACUCAGAAGUUCACAACAAAGUCAGAUGUGUGGUCCUUUGGUGUAUUGUUAUGGGAACUUAUGACACGAGGGGCACCACCUUAUCCUGAUGUAAAUUCUUUUGAUAUAACUGUUUACUUACUACAAGGAAGAAGGCUGCUGCAACCUGAAUACUGCCCUGAUCCACUGUAUGAAGUCAUGCUGAAGUGCUGGCAUCCAAAACCUGAGAUGCGUCCAGCAUUUUCUGAACUUGUUUCAAAAAUAUCAACAAUCUUCUCCACUUUUAUUGGGGAACACUAUGUUCAUGUCAAUGCUACUUAUGUCAAUGUCAAGUCCAUUGCUCCAUAUCCUUCUCUUCUGUCAUCACAAGACAACACAGACAUGGAUGUUGACACAUGACGGGUAUGUCUGAAAUUAAGGAAAAUCCAUUCUUCAUUGUAUGAACAAAGAGCAAAACAUUUUGUCCACUAGUUUUUACUGCCCAGUCUUUGUGAGAACACUGUUGCACAUGUUUAUGUUGUUGCCCAAGUUGCACUAGUACAAGGACACAAUAUCAUAUUGUUUAAGGAUACAGGAUUCCAUAAACAGUAAUUUCCAAGUAUUUGGAGAACGCCAUCAAUUUACCAAAUAGAAAUGUGGUGUGCUACCCUCCAGAGUUAGUUCCCACAAACUGUCAUUAAUGUGUGCUCAGACCCAAGAACAAAUGCCAUGGAAGUAGAAUAUCAAUCAGUAUGGCUGGAAGGACUGUUACUGUGCAUGUACUUUAGGAUAACGAACAGUGCAGAAAUGGUUUUCACACAAAAGGCCAAGAAAUGCAAUGAAAAUUACAAGAGUUUAAAAUGUAUUUUCAUCCCACAUGGGGAAAACUUCGGAUUUUUGAACUACAUCAACAAGGUUUCUAAGAACCUAGGAAGCCAAGAUAGCCAGCCUCCUGGUGUCUUAACAGAAAUCAAAAUCAAGAAAUGGUGUGCAGUAAAAUAAGUAUAGAAAAGUAUGAAUGAGUAAGAGCUGGGUGAGGAAGACCAAGACAAAACUGGAACUGAAUCUGGCAAGGGAUGCAAAGAAUAACAGAAAGGGCUUCUACAGGUAUGUUAAUCAGAAAACUAAGGCCAAAGAAGGUGCUCCCUCUCUGUUAAACAGUGCUAGUGGAUGAGGAGAAGUCUGAGUCCUCAGAAUUCCCUCAGUCCUCAGACUUUCCUCAGUCUUCAAUGGCAUCAUUUCUUCCCACACCUCUGGAAAGGAUGGACAACAGGAUGAGGACUGGGGGAACAAAGCCCCUCCCCCUGUAAGUGAAGACCAGGUUCAUGACCAUCCAGGGAAUCUGGAUGUGCACAAGUCUAUGGGACCUGAUGAAAUGUAUCCCAGAGUUCUGAAGGAAUUGGCUGAUGCACUCACCAAGCUGCUCUCCAUGAUAUUCAAAAAGUCAUGGCAGCCAGGGAAAGUCCCAGGUGACUGGAAAAAGGGACCAGUGUACCUAUCUUUAAGAAGAGAACAAAGAACAACCCUGGGAACUACCAACCUGUCAGCCUCACCUCUGUGCUUGGGAAGGUCAUGGAACAGACCCUCCUAGAAGGCACAUGAAGGACAGAGCAGUUCUUCACCAGAAUUCAAGACACCAGCACAGCUUCUCCAAGGGCAGGUCCUCCCUGACCAGCCUAGUGGCCUACUAGGAUGAAGUGACUACACCAGUGGACAAGGGGAGGUGUACAGAUGUCAUCUACCUGGGCUUCUCUAAGGUUUUUGUCACAGCCCCCCACAACCUCCUCUCUGAACUGGUGAAAGAUGGAUUUGAUGGGUGGACUGUUGGAUGGAUAAGAAGUUGUUUGGACAGCACAUCCAGAGGAUAGAGGUCAAUGGCUCAGAGUCCCCAUGGCCAUCAGUGACAAGUGGUGUCCCUCAGGGGUCAGCACUGGGACCAGUGUUAUUUAAUAUCUUCAUUAAUGACACAGACAAAGGGCACGAGUGCACCUUCAGAACAUUUUCAGAUGACACCAAGCUGAGAGGUGCAGUUGACACACCUGAAGGAUGGG